AUGAUAACAUAUACACACAAAUUACUAAAAGAUACAAAUAUUGUAUAUAAUUAUAUUCAAAGUGAAUCAUGGAGAGAAAAAAUUGAAUUACAUCCAAAUAAAACGCUAUUUCCCUUUUUAUUAUACUUUGACGAGUUUGAAACAAAUAAUCCACUUGGGUCCCACAGAGGAGUUCAAAAAUUAGGAGCAGUUUAUAUAUCUAUGCCUUCAUUUCCUCCAGAGCUUGUAUCAAAACUUGAAAGUAUAUUUUUAGUACUUCUUUUUAAUUCAAUAGAUAAAAAACAAGUUGGAAAUACUGAAAUAUUUAAAAAUUUAAUUUCUGAGAUUAAAGACUUAGAAGAAAAUGGCAUAGAAAUAUUUAUUAAUGAUGAGUCAAUUAGGUUGUAUUUCUGUUUAGCUUUAAUUGUUGGGGAUAACUUAGGAUUACAUGGUAUGAUGGGAUUUUCCGAAAGUUUUGUUGCAAAUUACCCCUGUAGGUUUUGCCGGUGUUCGAAAACUGUUUGUCAUAAACAAUUGUUUCAAAUUGAUAAUGAUUUACGGAAUACUGAAAAUUAUGAGAUUGACGUUAAUACAGAAAACAUGUCUGAGACUGGUAUUGUCGAACGAAGUAUUUGGAAUACCAUACCUUCUUUUCAUGUAGUGAAUAAUUACUCGGUUGAUCUGAUGCAUGACAUAUUAGAAGGUGUAUGUGGUUAUGAUAUUUUCAGUAUUUUGAGGCAUUUCGUUUUUGUAAUGAAAUACUUUACUUUAGAAACUUUAAAUCAUAGAAUUAAAUUUUUCAAUUAUGGUCCCACUGAUAUCAGAAAUAGACCUCUCUUAUUGUCAGAAAAUACAUUAAAAAGUAAUUCAAACACAAUAAAAAUGUCAGCAAGUGAGAUGUGGAAUUUUGUUCGUUAUUUAGGACUGUUAAUUGGUGAUUUAGUUGAUGUAGAGUCUGAAUAUUGGAGCUUGGCGUCCACGGACCCCGUUCACGACCAAGUGCCGUUUUCCCCAUCCCGAGGUCGCCGUCAGUGGCUUUAA